AUGGCGGGUGAUUUCAAGUAUUUCGAUGUUCCGAUCACAACGAAUUGCGGUUAUGUUUAUUCGUGCAAACGAGCUGAGGAAGCUGUGAGGGAAUUCGAAAUGCUAACAACAUCCAAGUAUUCCUGCUACAAAUCUAGAUCAUCUUUUGGCAAGACAG